AACGCUGAAGACAUUCUCCAUCAUUACAACAGCAGCCAAGGACAAGAGAGCAUCAGUAGAUCGAGGGAAAGCAGGAGAGAGGAAGGUACCUCCUCUCGCCAUCGCCAUCAGAAGCACCACCAGCACCACCUUCAUCAUCAUCGUCGUCUCUCUUUGAAAUCCGCGUCGGUGACGAUGAUGUUGCGCUAACGAGCAGCGGGAAGAGUGCUGGGGCAACGGGAGGCAUUUGGAAGUUGAAUACGCGGAGGAAACGUAUGUAUGUUUGGAUUUCGGCUCUUUUCCCUUCGCCAAUGCAAAAGGAAAUAUGCAGCGAAGCUUCAGCAUCCUCUACACCAGUUUACUGGGGAUGUGCUUGGCUUCAAGCGCAAGUUUCCCAAGUAACAUCAAUAUAGGAGGAUUGUUCCCCACCGAGUCCCAUGAAUAUGAAGUGUUUCGCUUCGCCCUUUCACACCACCAGGACAUCCCCAAACUGGUGCCGCAGGUCGAUAUGGUCAAGAUGGGAAAUAGUUUUUCCAUGACAUAUGCCUUCUGCUCCCAGUUCUCCAAAGGUGUAUACGCCAUCAUCGGCUUGUACGACAGGAAGACGGUCAACAUGCUCAUGUCCUUCUGCGGCGCCCUGCACGUCUGCUUUGUUACUCCGUCCUUCCCGAUUGAGACGGGCAACCAAUUUGUCAUCCAGCUGAGGCCUGAGUUGCAGGACGCUCUUGUAGGUGUGAUCGAAUACUAUGGAUGGGACAAGUUUGUCUACAUGUACAGUUCAGACGCCGGGCUCUCCGUGCUCCAGAAGGUUUUGGACACGGCAGCAGAGAGGAACUGGCUCGUGACUUCGGUCAAUGUGGAGACCAUGACGGAGGCAUCGUUCUUGAAAGUGUUCCAAGAUUUGGACAAGACAAAGGAGGGGCAGAUUAUCAUCGAUUGUGAGACAGAGAGGCUCACUGGCAUCCUUAAAAAGAUUGUUGAGCAAGGCAAGAAUGCAAAGAGUUACCACUACAUAUUGGCAAACUUGGGUUUCCUGGACAUUGACCUGACAGACCUGCGCAAGGGUGGAGCGAACAUUACCGGCUUCCAGCUGGUCAACAACUCAGAGCCCAGCGUUAGCAGAGUCGUCCAACAAUGGAUGGAAUUUGACAACAAGGAUUCCAAAAUGGCCAAGAAGGGACUCAAAUACACUGGUGCUUUGACGUAUGAUGGGGUAAAAGUCAUGUCAACAGCAUUCCAGAAUUUAAGGAGACAAAGGAUAGACAUCUCGCGCAGGGGCAAUGCUGGGGAAUGCCUUGCCAAUCCACCGGCUCCGUGGGGUCAAGGCAUAGACAUCCAAAGAGCCUUGCAGCAGGUCCGUAUAGAUGGACUCACCGGUCACAUUCAGUUCAAUGAGAAAGGCCGCAGGACCAACUACACGGUUAGUGUGAUGGAACUGGCUCCAUCAGGACCCAAAAAGGUUGGCUACUGGAAUGAAGAUGAGAAAUAUGUGACCACUGCAAGCUUCGUGAGAGGCAGCAAUGACACAUAUGGCCUUCAGAACCGAACUUACAUUGUCACAACAAUCUUGGAAUCACCGUACGUGAUGCUUAAGAAGAAACAUGAGCAGCUUGUUGGGAAUGAUAAGUACGAGGGCUACAUCGUUGAACUGGCUGCAGAGAUAGCCAAACAUGUCGGCUACCAGUACAAACUGAAGAUUGUUUCGGAUGGCAAGUACGGAGCCAAAGAUCCUGACACCACAAUGUGGAAUGGCAUGGUUGGAGAACUUGUGUAUGGGAAAGCAGACGUGGCCGUGGCUCCCUUGACCAUCACCCUCGUCCGAGAGGAAGUCAUCGACUUCUCCAAGCCCUUCAUGUCACUGGGUAUCUCGAUCAUGAUCAAGAAACCCACCAAAUCCAAACCUGGAGUGUUCUCCUUCCUCGACCCUUUGGCUUACGAGAUCUGGAUGUGCAUCGUGUUUGCCUACAUCGGCGUCAGCGUGGUACUGUUCCUUGUCAGUCGCUUCAGCCCAUACGAGUGGCACGGAGACGACUACGAGGAAGGAGGAGAGCCACAGAGCCCGACUCAAGCGGCGGCCUCCAACGGAUUGCAACAGAGCCAAACAACGGCGCAACCGAACACCAACCAGCAAAGUCCAGAGCAGACAAAUGAGUUUGGCAUCUUCAACUCCCUUUGGUUCUCCCUGGGGGCGUUCAUGCAGCAAGGCUGUGAUAUCUCACCACGCUCUCUGUCUGGCCGCAUUGUUGGAGGUGUCUGGUGGUUCUUCACCCUCAUCAUUAUCUCAUCCUAUACGGCCAACUUGGCCGCAUUCCUGACAGUGGAGAGGAUGGUGUCUCCUAUAGAGAGUGCUGAAGACUUGGCCAAGCAAACAGAGAUUGCCUAUGGAACACUGGAUGCUGGCUCAACAAAAGAAUUUUUCAGGAGGUCUAAAAUCGCUGUGUUUGAGAAGAUGUGGUCCUACAUGAAGGCUGCCGACCCAUCUGUGUUCGUCAAGACCACAGACGAAGGCGUCAUAAGAGUUCGGAAAUCCAAGGGAAAGUAUGCCUACUUGCUGGAAUCCACCAUGAAUGAGUACAUAGAGCAGCGGAAGCCCUGUGACACGAUGAAAGUAGGAGGGAAUCUGGACUCGAAAGGUUAUGGCAUUGCCACUCCCAAGGGAUCCCCUCUCAGAAUCCCAGUAAACCUAGCGGUGUUGAAACUCAAUGAGCAAGCCGUCUUAGACAAACUGAAAAACAAAUGGUGGUACGAUAAAGGGGAGUGUGGCAACAAGGACUCCGGAAGAAAGGACAAGACGAGCGCUCUGAGCCUCAGCAACGUGGCCGGAGUCUUCUACAUCCUUAUCGGCGGCCUGGGCCUGGCCAUGCUUGUAGCACUGGUGGAGUUCUGCUACAAAUCCAGGACCGAGUCACGUCGAAUGAAGCAAUCCAUUAACGACGCCAUGCGUUGCUCCACCCUGACCAGGAUGAGCGGUAAUGGGAGCGGAGGAGAAAAUGGACGACUACUCACCCACGACUUCCCCAAGACCAUUCAGACGCUGCCAUGCAUGAGCCACACUGCCAGCCUGGGGCUGGGCGCCUCGGGAAUGUGAUCACCUGACGGGGGGGAGAAGGAGUGGCCACAGGAAAUGGGCAGGGUGGAACAGGAAGAGCACAAGACUCUGAUGGCCUCCAAAAGAAAUCUUGGCUGUGUGGUUUGACCCAUCAAUUCUCCUGGCUGUGCCCAAUUCGUACAAGAUUUCACUUACUGCCAAAAUGCACUCUGCAAACGUUCCUUACAACCUACAGACUCAAGACAUUUUUAAUAUGUGGAUAUAAAAAAA